GCAGGGACGACCUGAAACUUCGAUGCGACCUGCGAGUUGAUAGACGUAGCUGCCUUUUCAAGAGAGCGACUAUAGCAGACUGGGAAGAUGGUAAUUCCCUAAAUUCGAGAAUGCUUUGAGCACAGCGACCGAAAGGCGGAUAGGACCGAUGGCCGUAAGAAGGCGGUGGUCGCCUGAGAGUAAACCGCUGCUAUACAAUGAAUAUACGAGGCAAAUAUCACGAUCGUAGCCUGUCUAAGCGCUGCUCAGAGUCAAGCUCCUCGGUCACUGCAACAGGCCUUUGGAUGCCCGAAGCUGCCAUCCCCACUUGGGAAGUCCUGCCGAGCCUAAAAAAACCAGCCCCCGCAAAAGUCAAAAGUCAAAGACGGAAAAAAAUUUCACUUAUCGACAACUUAUCUAUCUUGUCCACUCACGAGGAUCUCUUCCAUGACCAAUUGAUCAUUAACUUGGUCAUUAUCAUCCUGAUAACCAUCUUACCUUUCCGAAAUAAGCAUGCUGGCCUUGUGAGGGGAAGCCCGAGAAUCCUCAUGCCCUUGCAUCCUUAGACUUGUUCAUAUAUGAACCGUCCCCUCAGCACCUCAAACCAGUUAUAUGAAUUUGCAGAAAAUGGACAAUUGGGUGCACAA